AUGGCAAGAUCAGGCAACUUCAGCUUCCUCGCCUUCUUGCUCAUCGCCGGCAGAGUGGCCGCCGUGCUGUCUGUCGCACAGGCGGAUUACAAGGCGGUGCCCGUGCCAGAACCCGAGGCGGCGGAGGCGGAAUCUUACCUGGCCAGAUGCGCUGCCAAGCUGACCGAGAAGUGUGGGGAGGUCAUCUUCGGCAACAUAUUCUUGGAGCAGAACCAACUCACCCCUGAAUGCUGUGAGAAGCUUGUGUUGAUGGGAAGAGAAUGCCACGACGCGAUGGCGAGCUUCAUCAUGUCCUUGCCCGCGUUCAGCAAGAACGCCACCGUCACUGUGCCCAGGAGCAAGCUAGCGUGGCAUAAGUGUGUCCUGUUGGCCGAAGAAGCCCUUUCCCCGGCGUCAGAAGGCCCUGGUUUUGCCGGUUUUGAUUGA